AUGGACGGACCUCCCACGAAACGGCCCAAGCGAACCGACGGUGGUGCAACAAGGGACAAGAACGACAAGGCGGAUUCGCGCCCGAAUCCUGGUGGAAGAGACAAGAACAAGUCGCAAAAUGGCGAUGGUAGAGAAGGUGAUCGCCGGAAACGAUCCCGAUCUCGUGAGCGCAAUGAGAAGAGGAGAGAUCGGGAUCGCGACAGGGGGAAGGGAGACAGAGAUCGAGACACAAACGGAGGGAUCCGGCGUGAGAGAAGUCGCAGCCGGGACAAGCACCGCGGCUCAAGAGGUGCGUGGAACUUUUCCAAUGAUGAAGUCCUGGACUUACGCAGACUAGAUUAUCGCAACGAGCGCUCGCAUCGACGAUCACGCUCUCGGUCUCCUUUCAAGAACGGCGCCACCAGCUCUGUUCGGACACGCUCGCCUCCUCGCCGGACCGAUCGCGACCAGGCGCGGUCGAGAGAAAGGCCCAGGGCGGCUGUCGACGGUUCAAGGGCAAAAUCACGAGCAGAUGCAGCGGAAAAAGAGAUCCCGUCGUCCAACGGCGACCGUAUGGCGAUCGACGACGACGAUGAAGAAGAGGUUAUGAAGAAACUGAUGGGCUUCACCACAUUCAAGACUACGCAAAACACCAAAGUUCCAGGAAACCAGAUCUAUGGCGUCAGAACCGAGAAGAAGACGGAAUAUCGACAGUAUAUGAAUCGUGUUGGAGGCUUCAACCGACCCCUGAGUCCUUCGAGGUGA